GACUCAUUAAAUCUUCAAGAGAAGGUCUUCCCAUUCUAUAUGCUUCAAUCCAAUCUGCAUGAUUGCAUCCACUCCCAAAAAAAAAGAGACUGUUUCAGGCUUCAAGCUGAGAGAGUCAAUGGCGGUUCUCUUAUUUUUACAUGCAAAUUUGGCAAUACGCCACCUUGCCGGCCGUUUGGUCCACUUCUCCGAUUCAGAAGGGGGAAAAAAUUGAAAUCUUUAGUCAAGAAAACCAGACGAGAGAAAACCUUUAGAAAUAAAAAAAAUAGUAAUCGGUCUUCCAAGGCAUUUGACGAAGUUCUCCGUUUACAGUAUCAAAUUGGUUUGCGAUUGCGCUAAGAAACUUCAGUAUGACAGGAAACAAUCAUCACAAUGGAAUAGGUAGAAGAACAAGUGACCGUUUUAGACUAGUUGUUACUACUCUACUGGGUCUUUCCCUUGGAUUCUUCCUUGGAAUUUCAAUUGAAAGCUUGUCCAUCUCUAAGUAUAGUGUAGUGUCAAGUCUUUCGUCGUCAGUUAACAUGGCACUCAUUGAUAGCAGUAGAUUUUCGAUGAAUACUCCUUCGAAACCUAGAUCCAGUUUGAAUGCCCAGAGAUCUGUUGAAAGAAAUGGUUCAAAUGACAGUUUAAAGAUAUAUGUGGAGUCGAAUCCUCCUGGUGCGGAGUCACUAGCUCCUGGAAUUAUUGUUUCGGAGUCAGAUUUCUAUCUCCGUAGGUUAUGGGGAGACCCUGCCGAGGACCUCCCAACACGGCCAAAAUACUUGGUAGCAUUUGCAGUCGGUUUUGAUCACUCUAAAAACAUCGAUGCAGCGCUGAAAAAGUUCUCCAAGGAUUUUACAAUCAUGCUCUUCCACUAUGAUGGUCGAGCUAGCGAGUGGGAGCAAUUUGAGUGGUCUCAGCGUGCAGUUCAUGUCAGUGUGAGGAAGCAAGCAAAAUGGUGGUAUGCAAAACGCUUUCUGCAUCCAGAUGUUGUAGCAGCUUAUGACUAUAUAUUUGUAUGGGAUGAGGAUCUUGGACUCAAAAACUUUGAUGCAGAGAAAUAUCUUCAUCUGGUGAAAAAAUAUAACUUGGAGAUAUCACAACCAGCUCUGGAGCCCAAUGGAAGGUUAUCAUGGCAGAUGACCAAAAAGAGAGGUCACAGUGAAGUUCAUAAGGACACCUCGGAGAAUCCCGGUUGGUGCGUUGAUCCACAUUUGCCACCAUGUGCAGCCUUUGUGGAAAUGAUGGCCCCUGUCUUUUCAAGAACUGCUUGGCGUUGCGUGUGGCAUAUGCUUCAGAAUGAUUUGGUUCAUGGAUGGGGCUUGGACUUUGCACUAAGCAGAUGUGUAGAGCCAGCUUAUAUGAAAAUUGGUGUGGUUGACUCCCAAUGGAUUGUUCAUCAAGCCAUCCCAUCACUUGGAAAUCAAGGAGAAUCAUACGGUGGAAAAACACCAUGGGUAGCGGUGAGAGAGAGGUGCAAGUUAGAGUGGUCAUGGUUCCAAGCUCGCCUUGCAAAAGCAGAAAGGAGCUACUUUAGAGGCACGCAGAAUGGACAAAAACCAACAUGAAUUCAACCAAAUUUCUUUCUCGUAAGUAGCAUACUUUGUAUACAGAUUGCAAAAUUUUGGAACAAGUUAAUGCUUAGUAGUUUUGUUCUUUCAGUGACUGCUGAUUUAUAUUUCCUCCACUGCUCAGACCUGCUAGCAGGUAGCAAGCAGUUGGGGAGGACCGAAACUUGCCAUUUGAUGCAUCAUAACAUUAUUAGUGUAAAAAGAAAAAUGUGCUGCAAUGUUUUGGUAGAGUUUGAAACUUUCAACAUAGUUCAUGUAUAAAAUUCAUUGAAAUUCUGUGGAUUA